GAGCAGAAUUCAGCACCCCCCGCCCCUCCUGAGAGCUGGCUUCCUGCUAGGUCGGGCUUUCGGGCUCUUUUCUGCUGCCCGUCGCUCGCUUGCAAGAAGGCUGGAUGGUUACACCGGGCAGGUUGGCUCCAUAAUGUUAGGGACUGUGAAAAUGGAAGGGCAUGAAACCAGCGACUGGAACAGCUACUACGCCGACACUCAGGAGGCCUAUUCCUCGGUGCCCGUGAGCAACAUGAACUCGGGGCUGGGCUCCAUGAACACCAUGAACACCUACAUGACCAUGAACACCAUGACGACAAGCGGCAACAUGACCUCCAGCUCCUUCAACAUGUCCUACGCCAACACGGGGCUGGGGGCUGGGCUGAGUCCCGGCGCCGUGGCCGGCAUGCCGGCAGGCUCUGCGGGGCCCGUGAACGGCAUGCCGGCCGGCGUGGCCGCCAUGGGCACGGCGCUGAGCCCCGGGGGCAUCAACGCCAUGUCUGCACAGCCGGCCCCCAUGAACGGGCUGAGCCCCUACGGCAGCAUGAACCCCUGCAUGAGCCCCAUGGCCUACACCCAGUCCAACCUCGGCAGGACGCGGGACGCUAAGUCCUUCAAGCGGACCUACCCCCACGCCAAGCCGCCCUACUCCUACAUCUCCCUCAUCACCAUGGCCAUCCAGCAGGCGCCCAGCAAGAUGCUGACGCUGAGCGAGAUCUACCAGUGGAUCAUGGACCUUUUCCCCUACUACCGACAGAAUCAGCAGCGCUGGCAGAACAGCAUCCGCCACUCGCUCUCUUUCAAUGACUGUUUCGUCAAGGUGGCCCGGUCCCCCGACAAGCCCGGCAAGGGCUCCUAUUGGACCCUGCACCCCGACUCCGGCAACAUGUUUGAAAACGGCUGUUACCUCCGCAGGCAAAAGCGCUUCAAAUGCGAGAAGCCGGCGAACAGUAAAGCCACUCAGGAGGGCAGGAAAGAUCAGGCCGGGGCCUCUAAUUCAAGCUCCAACUCCCCCCUGCACAGAGGCCACAACAAACCUGCGCAGCUGGAUACGGCCACCUCUCUCUCCAGCUCCAACCCGUCCACCAGCCCUCAGUCUAUGGACCACAGUGGAUCAAGCACGGAGCUAAAGACCUCGGCCUCGGCCGCCUCCUCCACCAUCAGCUCUGUACCCACCUUGGCCUCCGUCCCACACCCCCCUCACUCAUUAGCCCACGAACCCCAGCUCCACCUCAAGGGUGAUCCCCACUACUCCUUCAACCACCCGUUUUCCAUCAACAAUCUCAUGUCCUCCUCGGAGCAGCAGCACAAGCUGGACUUCAAAGCCUACGAGCAGGCUCUGCAAUAUUCCUCUUACGGGGCCAGCAUCCCCGGCGGGCUGCCCCUUGGCAGCGCCUCCAUGGCCGGCCGGAGCAGCAUCGAGCCCUCGGCCCUAGAGCCCUCCUACUACCAAGGUGUGUAUUCCAGACCCGUGCUAAACACCUCCUAGCUGUGCAACCCCCGCCGCCGGGGCCGAGACCCCUCCUCCCCUCCCUGGCUUCUCUCCCCGCUUUCCCUGAGACAGACCAAGGUGUUUCCGCACGCUGCGUGCAAAGGACUGUUACUUUUUAAUUGUCUCGCAACGCGUUGUGUGUUGUUACGAUCCACCACGACCUCCUGCAAAGCCGACCGCGUCCCGCUUGUACAUACUCCCUCCGGCCCCUGCCGCCCAGCCCCUCUCCCCGGAGACCUCCCCAGCCUAUGCAGGGUGUUAUUAAAAAGAAGAAAAAAAUGUUGAGCGUGUAAACUACUUGUUUGUGCUUUCCGCCCCCUCGUCUCCCUCCCUUAUGUGUUCUAUAAUCUCAUGUAAGUUUACAGGUAUGUGGCAAUACUUUAACAAUACGGAGAUGAAGAAGCGAGUAGACAUUUAAGACUUUUUUUUAAUUAAAAAGGCUUUGAAGGACAAUACUGCUGUGAAGUAGCAAAACACUAAGAGAAUCUCUAAGCAACAAGAGAACUAUUUACUUUCUCGGAUCAUCCUUUUGAUACUUGCAAAAUAAACCUUCGGCUACUACAACCCACAUAGAACCCAGAUGCUGCGGGCCGGAUCCUGCACUCCCGAGGGGACCAACUGGAGCUUUGGAGUGCAGGAUGCGACCCUUAUCUUUUUCCAAGUGUUACCUGUUUUGGGAUGUAAUAUAAAGUUACAAAAGGUCACAGCCAGUUGGAUUUUUUUUCCCUUCCCAUCUGUUACUGAAGAUUCUAGUUCAUCAGGAACUCUCAUCAACAUGUGGAUGACAUACUUAUUUAAUUUAAGUGUAUCCAUUGUGUACCAGUUAGAACUGUGUAUCUAUAACCAGGUUAUUUCCCCCCUUCCCUAGGAAACUUUGACUACUACAGUGAUGCAAGGAAAAGAGGACAGCUCUGUCUCUCCCCGCUUUUCAAACUUGUCUAAUAAAUUUUUUUUGUGGCCAUUUAAUUAUCGCCAUCGUUAGCUUAUUUCAUCCAGUGUUAUUGCACUUUCCACAGUUUUACACGGUGUUAGCAUAGCCAGACGGGUUUUAUUAUUAUUCCUGUUCGCUGUUUCAAUGUUCUUAAUUUAUUGCAUGGUUUAUAUUGUUUUCUUUCUUUACAGCUGGAAAUUGCUUUAA